AUUUGAACUGAGAGUCAUCAGUUCGAGAUUCUACGCGAAGUAUAUAAUAUGUAUAAAUUUGCGCUAUUUUUGUGCCUCGCGCUCGUGUUCUCAUUGAAACAUGUCCAUGGAGAUGUUUUUGAGGAAUGUGCAAAUUCAGAGGAAGGAAGUUUCGUGGCCAGCUGGGAUAGUUGUCAAUCAUAUGUUUAUUGUGAUGGUGGUGAUUCUUUACUGGGUCAGUGCGAUGAUGGCGAAUACUUUGACUCGGAAUCUGGGGCAUGCGAUGCGGCGACGAAUGUAAAGUGCUUUUUGGAUGAGGUCGAUGAACCGCCAGUGCAGGAGGAAACAAAUGAAACAGACGAGGAAGAGGAGCCGAUUGAACCAGAGCCAACGCCACCAACUAUGGAAAAACCUACCGAAGUGGAUAUCUUAAACAUAGCACCCGUUGUAAAGCCCACGUGUCCGCACAGCGAUGAUCCUAGUCAGAUCAUUUUGAUGGCCAACAAUGCAUCUUGUGAUGGAUAUUAUCUGUGUUAUCAUGGCCAUGCUAUGGAAAUGCAUUGCACUAAUCAGCUACAUUUCAAUGCCCAGACUGGACAGUGUGAUUAUCCCGAAAAUGCUCAGUGUGUGCUGGAGCGACCGACGGCCCACAAGUGUUUGCCACAUAUGACCGACUUUUUUCCACAUCCGGACAAAUGCAGCUACUUUUACUACUGCAUCAAAGGUUAUUUGACACUGCAACAGUGUCCCUUCUUCUACGGCUGGGACAUUGAAAGGCGGAGCUGUGUACACCUGAAUGCGGCCAAAUGCUUUGGCACUUCCAGACGAGCCUUAAUAUAUUGUAAUGGAACAGAUUCGGAGUACUGUUUUGGGGAGGAACGAUGUGAUCCCAGUUAUAAUUGCACUGAAAUUGAGUUUCUCGCUGAAAACAUUACUACAACGACAAAAGUGCCAUCGGAGGAUGUACGUGCGAUCUGUCGACGGGGUGUGACCGAAAAGUAUAAGUAUCCCGGAAAUUUUGGCUGCCUGCUACCUGGGAAGCUGGUAGAGGCGGCAUUCCUGUGGGAAUGCGAAGGAGUCAUCAUCACCCUUAUAAGCAAUCCGAAUCAAGAAUGCAGUGAAUUUGUCCAUUGCGAUGGCGAUAAUUCCUAUUACUGCAAUGGGGAAUGCACCGAGCCCGUUAUCUGCAACAAUACCACAGUGAUCGCAACAACUCAGUCCAGUGUCAACACGGAGGCAAUUACCAAUGUUAAUACAGAGCAACCAACAACUGAGCAUCAACAUCCCUCGACGCCCACCACGGACUCUGCGACGACAAUCAGCAGUAAUCCUCAUUCGCCCACAUUCAACAACUGCGAGAACAUGCAUAAUUACACAAGAAACUGUCUACUUUUAGUAUUGCUUAUUUGCCUCUGGACUCAUUCAUUGGCCGAUGUUUUCGAGCAAUGCAAUGCUGACAACGAUCAACAGUUUAUACUCUCCAAUAGAAGUUGUACUCAUUUUAUUCUUUGCAACGGAGAGGAUUCCCAUGAAGGCGAAUGUCCAGAGGGGGACAGAUUUAACGCAGUGGAGCAAAUGUGUGAGCUAAUGGAGGACAUCGAUUGUCGCACCGGACAGCCAAUUAACACGGAUAAUGGUGCCGUCACCGAAGCUCAAGGAAAUGUUACAGCGCCUCCUGUGAAUAUUUCUACAACUGCAACCACGCCCACCUCCACAGCUGUCCAAGUUCCUAGUCCAUCGCCGGUGAACAACAGCACUGUUAUAAGCUCGCCAAUCUCUUCAAACAGUCAAGUAGUAACCACUGUGGCCAGCAUCUGCCCACGAAAUGAUAAUCCCAAUCAAAUUGUCCUACUGGCCCACGAUCAAUCCUGCACGGAUUACUUUAUCUGCUACGGCGGACAACCUAUUUCCAUGCACUGUGCGCCUACUCUUCAUUUUAAUGUUAGAACUGGAAAAUGCGAUAAAGCAGAAAUAGUCAAAUGCUUGAGAUCAAGCAUCGCCGUAAGGGAGCAGUGCAAGAAGCAUACAGUUGAUAUUUAUCCGCAUCCAGAUAACUGCAACUACUUCUAUUAUUGCCGCAAUGGUUAUCUGAUGCUCCAGCAAUGUCCAUUCUUCUACGGCUGGGAUUACGAUAAGCGUUCUUGUGUCGCGAUCAGGCAGGCCAAAUGCUAUGGUCGAACACGACUUUGAUUUAGUAAUACUGUAAAAUUUAUUUAAAUAAAUUUGAUUUUUUAUUCAACUAA